AUAAAAUCCACCGAAUGGAGGAAAUUAAUGGAAAAAUGCAUCAUCAGGAUCAACUGGAUGCUGCAUCCAUCGACACAGAUAUUCUCAAUCCAUUUGUUCAUCGAUUGGAGCUUGACACUACUUAUGACAAACUCAAGGUGCAAUAAAAUAGUCGCGGACGAUGGCAUGCGAUAAUCGGAUAACGGAUUUGACGAGGCACACCGAGUGCAGCCGAGUGUUGUCCUGUCUGACUCAAUCGACGAGAUUCUACUGGGAAAUUCAUGUGAUUUUAGCGACGUUGGCUUUUUGAAAAUUAGACUGGUCGAGGGGUUUUUGUUGAGGCGAUUCUAGUGGUUCACUCUCACCUUUGAUGUGGUAUCGGUCGUUGUGCCCUGGAUGUGGGACAAAAAUGUGGGUCACAGGAGAAACGUGCGGAUCAUACUGGCGGAAUGACAACUUAUACGAUAUAUCGGACUUUAAUGAACUUUUUAGAGGAUUUUAUAGGGAAUUAGAGAUGUUAAUCGCUUACGAGCGAUAAUGACGAGGCUUCUGAUGAUCUGUAAUUCAUUAAAUUAUUUAUACACAUUGAUUACCGUUUGAACUAAUUAGGAAUCGCUUCUGAAUUGCUCAGAUAAACCCAUUUAAUUGUUCAAGUUUUUUAAGGAGUGUAUUUUUGCAACGAAGUUGCUAAUUAUUCAUAGAUUUUUAUGGUGAAUAGCUCAACCAAAUGAUAUCCCCAAGUUUUGUUAUAAAGUACUUUUUUUUAUUUAUUCACGAUUUCACAUUAGUUGUUAUCAGUUACUGUCGGUGACGAAUGAUUGCGAAAACGAUGAAUAAAUAUUUUUUUUGCUCGAUAAAUUCAGAAGUUGCGUCAGCUCUCCUUUUAGCUCUUAUUUUAUCUUUUAAGUUUAAUUGUUUGUUUUUCAAUAUUUAUUUCCUUCUUCAAGUAUCUUAUAAAGUUUGUGAUGCAAAAGUUAAGGCACUUUUCUAUCGAACUCCCCCGAAUUUUCCAUGAGUUUUCAAUGCGCAUAUAUUUAUUUUCCCGAACAUGUUAUAUAAAUUCUUAAUCGAUUCACAAAGUCUUACAAGUGCCUGCUCCAAAUCCCCUUGAAGCACUGAAAAAUCACAAUUGUGAAACUUAUUUGAUGCAUAAAGAAAAAUAAUGAAAGAAGAAUUGAACGGACGGAUACAGAUACAACAGCAUUUCUGACAGUAGCGCUGCUGCCCUUCCGCCUGGCAGCAAUCACAGCCCUGGUGAUAAUGGCCUGGCUCCUCGCGUGUCUGGGCCUCCACGGACUCUCCGAGGAAGACCUCCGGCGUGCUCCCCUCACCGGAUGGCGACGAGAUAUGAGGGUGCUGGUGUGCUGGGUGAUGAGGGCAAUGUUCGUCUGCGGUGGAUUUCACCAUUUGAAGGUCAAGGGCCAGAAGGCAACGACUAAGGACGCGCCAGUUCUCGCUUUGGCACCGCACUCGAGCUUCUUCGAUGCACUGCCGGUCGUCUACCUCGGUGGUCCCAGCAUCGUUGCCAAAGCCGAGACCGGGAGAAUUCCAUUUUUCGGAAAAUUGAUAAAUUACACUCAACCAGUAUACGUCUGGCGGGACGACCCAAAUUCUCGUCAAAAUACAAUAAAAGAGAUAAUAGAGCGAGCGACAUCAAAGGAGGACUGGCCCCAAGUGAUGAUAUUUCCCGAAGGUACCUGUACAAAUCGCUCGUGCCUCAUAACAUUCAAGUGCGGUGCAUUUUACCCCGGUGUGCCAGUUCAACCCGUGUGCAUUCGCUAUCCGAAUAAAUUGGACACAGUCACCUGGACAUGGGAAGGCCCUGGAGCAUUGAAAUUAUUGUGGCUGACACUGACCCAGUUAAACAGCAGUUGUGAGAUCGAGUUUUUGCCGGUGUAUAGGCCCAGUGAAGCGGAGAAAACAGACCCCAAACUGUAUGCCAAUAAUGUUCGACGAUUAAUGGCUGAAGCCCUUCAGAUACCAGUAUCAGAUUAUACAUACGACGACUGCCGAAUAAUCAGUAAAGCUCACUCCCUUCAUCUAUCCCACGCCUCCAGUAUCGUCGAGGCGCACAAAUUGCGGUAUAAACUCGGUCUUCAGAAAAUUAAGGCUGAGGAGGAAUUGGUGCAACAACGGAUAUCGAAAUUCGGUGACUCAGUGGAUCUGCAAGAGUUUGCGAGAAUACUCAGGCUGGAUCCAAAGGACCCAUCAGUUCAGCAGUUAUUCAGGAUUCACGACAGGAAUAAUCGGGGGCGUGUGGACCUCGAGGAGUACAUAUUCACAGUUCUGGCAAUAGCGAAUGCAAAUACCGAGCUAGACCUCGUGGACAUCGCCUUCGAGGUUUGUGACUCGAACGGCACCAAGUGUCUUAAUGCCAAGGAGUUGCAGAAGGUUCUGCGACUCUCCUUGCAGUUACAUUCUGAGGAGUGCGAUAGAAUAUUCCUGCAGGCAUGUCGAGAAGCUGGUGGAGGUGACUCAGUGACAUUAGAGGACGUAAUAAGUGUACUAGGCACUCGGCCCGAAUACUCUCAUCUAUUCUCAUCUGACACUGACGAGAGACGAAAAAAAUCCAUUUGAGAGUGUCUCUUCGGCUCGUCAGAAAGUCCCCAAGUGAUCAGGAAGAACCGGGACACGGACAAGCCGCUGCUAACAGGUGUCUGCUCACCCGUUUAAAAGCCUAGACGCAACUUUGAAAAGUCAAUGUUCUUCCUCAUCAAGUUCUCCCCAUAUAAAAAACAUGUAAAUAGGGAUGCAUGAAUACUUCGAAACCCAGAGAAUUAAAUCAAAGAGCAAUUUUCCCUUAGUGCGAAUGGAUCAGACAGACAUGCAGUGAAAUAGAUUCUUAUCAAUUAGAUAGAUUGCUCAGGGCUAGCGAGUACGGAUUGAGCCGCUCGACAAUUAAAAAUCGCAGUUCAUCCUUCAUUUAGGUGCUAGGGACAAAAAAAUAUUCAAAAUUCGAUUGAAAACAAAAUUUAUUGAAAUCGCUCAGUAUAAAUACGUUCAACUAUCUAUAAUACUUAAUAAAAAUGUAUGUAACAAAGAGAUUAGAAAGACAAGGCAAUUGUUAACACUCAGAAAACGAUUGUAUAAUUGAUUCGAUGGAAAUUAAUAUAACAUAAUUUAAUGUAAAAAAACACAUAUAAAUUUAUCUUGCAUAACGCAUACUGUAUGUAUAUAUUUAUUCAACUGUAAAUAUAGAUAAAAUAAAAUAUUCUUACAAGAUGAA